CGGCGUUAGGCGCAGCAGCAUUCGUUAGAGAAGAGAGGGUAGAGAGAGAAAAGCGAUUUUGUUCUCUCUCUACUUCUCGGUCGUCUCCACUCUAGGGUUUUACUCUUUCUUCUUCUUCUUCUACAGCAAUCUCUAUCGUUCUUCUUCUGUCUCUGCUCCAGAAGAUUUACGCUUCUGCCUCUAUUCUCUUGCUUCCGCUUCGGUUCGAUCGCUUGCUCAGUAUUUCGAGUCGGUUUUCAUAGUUAGGGUUUUCAGGUUUUGCUUUCUCUAAAAAGUUUUCGCACUUGGGUGGUCGAUAUGACUGUGAGGAACGGUGGUUUCCCAGGAGAUUACUAUCGUACCAGCUUUGACACUCCUGGCGGCUGUGAUGAUAGCCCUAAUACUUCCGAGGAUGAAACUUUUGGUGUCCCGAGAAUGGUUUUACCCUUGUCUGACUUGUCAUCAUCGGAAAGGAAAAAGCUGAUUCAUACGCUUCGUCAGGAGCUGGAACAAAUACGCUCCUUUCAGAAGAGUCUUGUGGACCUUCCUAUGUCUAACAUUGUUACACCUGUGAGUAAUAAUAUGUCUCGACCCAAGAGUUUUAGAAUGGCACGAUGCUCUACUGGCCCUGGAAAAAGGGUGCUCCCCUUUUCAGCAACCAAACCAGAGCCAGUCACCACUUCUACAAUGCUUCGGAUGAAGCAAUGUGAGACCCUCCUCAAACGAUUGAUGUCCCAACAGCAUUGUUGGCUCUUUAAUACCCCUGUUGAUAUGGUCAAGCUCAACAUUCCUGAUUAUUUCACUAUUAUCAAACAUCCUAUGGAUUUAGGAACUGUAAAGAGCAAGUUAACUUCCGGCACCUAUUCAAGCCCAUCAGAGUUUUCUGCUGAUGUCCGUCUUACUUUCCGCAAUGCAAUGACAUAUAACCCGUCAGAUAAUAAUGUUUAUCGUUUCGCUGAUACACUCAGCAAGUUUUUUGAAGUGAGGUGGAAAACUUUUAAUAAGAAGUCAUCUGGAACCAAAUCUGAACCAAGUAACUUGGGUACUCUUGCUCGCAAAGAUAUUGCAAUGCCUGAGCCUCUGGCUAAGAAGAGAAAGAUGAAUGCUGUCAACCAUGACAGCCUCUUAGAGCCUGCUAAACGGGUUAUGACAGAUGAGGAUAGAGUUAAGCUUGGCAGAGAUUUGGGGUCCUUGACAGAAUUCCCGGUACAGAUAAUCAAUUUCCUGAGAGAUCACAGCUCUAAGGAAGGGAGAUCUGGCGAUGAUGAGAUAGAGAUUGACAUUAAUGAUCUCAGUCAUGAUGCCUUGUUCCAGUUGCGGGAUCUCUUUGAUGAGUUUUUGCGAGAAAAUCAGAGGAAAGAUAUAAACGGUGAACCCUGUGAGUUAGAGCUUUUAGAUGGGUCAGGGCCAGGAAAUUCAUUGACGCAACACUGUGGUGGGAGUGAAAUGGAGGACGAGGAUGUUGACAUUGGUAAUUAUGAGCACCCUAGAUCUCACAUCCCUUCUGUCAGGACUGAAAAAGGCUCUCGUAGCUCGGAGAGUGUACCAGAUGAUCCUAAAACCACAAGAUUAUUGAGUUCAUCGAAGGUGCCUGAAAGCAUGGAUUCGGAAUCUCCCUUGGAUGGAGCUACAAGCAGUUCCCCAAGGAGAAAACCAGAUUCCGUCAGCGGAUUAAAUCAGCUGGAAGAUGCAUCCAAAGGGAGUCUAAUUGAGGGGGCAGAUGGUCAUCUAGAUGGAAAUAGUGCUCCAAAUGAGAAGCAACUACCUCCAGAAAAGCGUUACAGGGCUGCUCUAUUGAAAGAUCGGUUUGCGGAUAUAAUCUUGAAGGCUAAAGAGAUAACUCUUAAUCAGAAUGAGAAACGCGACCCAGAGAAACUGCGACGUGAGAAGGAAGAAAUCGAAUUGCAAAAGAAGAAAGAAAAAGCACGGUUACAAGCAGAAGCCAAGGAAGCUGAAGAAGCUCGUAGAAAAGCUGAGGCACAAGCUGCAGUUGAAGCUGCGGCUGAGGCUAAGAGGAAACUGGAACUUGAAAGAAAAGCAGCACGGCAGGCAUUGCUUGAGAUGGAGAAGUCGGUUGAAAUAAAUGAGAACACAAGGUUUCUCAAGGACCUAGAACUGCUUAAAACGGUUAAAACGGACCAGUUAAGAAAUCUAAGAGAUGUUGGCUCUGACUCUGAUGGGUUGGAAGUUUUUGGGUUUGGAGGAAGCAAUCCACUAGAGCAGCUGGGGCUAUUUAUGAAACAUGAUGAGGAUGAAGAUGAAGCCGACCUGCUUGCGUUUCCAGAUCCCGGCAACGAAGUAGAAGAGGGUGAAAUCGACUGAGAUUCAUGAGUGUGUUGUGUCUUGGGUAAUAGCAGUCGAAUGUACAUGAAUCAGAGAGUUUUUGUAAAAAAUAAUACUUAGAUUGAUAUUUAACCAAUGCGAUGGCUUUUUAUCCGAGUAAACAAACACUAGCACUUUA